GUCCUCGUGGCCUUGCCCAGCAUCGGCGCCCGCCUGGGCUGGGAGGCGGCGCCGCUCCGCGACCUGCGCGCCGCCCUGCCAGGUGACUUGGAAGAAUCGAAACCUCCAAGCCCAGAACAACUGGACAAACUGCGGGAGUUUGCUGGGAUCGCCCAUGGAGCCCCAGCCGCAGAGAGUCUCGCCACCCUGGCAUUUCUCUAUUUGUACCUGGCUAUUUCAGCUAAAUACGGGGAGGUGCCCAGCAUGGAUAUAGUCGUGUGGUCCGAGCUGCCCACGGGUGCCGGGUUAGGUUCGAGCGCUGCCUAUUCUGUUUGCUUGGCAGCAGCCCUGCUGACUGCUUGUGGAGCCAUUGGCUGUCCGCUGGAGGAGGGGAAGCCCACAGCCAGGUGGACAGAGGAAGAGCUGGAUUUAAUUAACUGCUGGGCCUUUCAAGGGGAGCGCAUCAUCCAUGGCAAUCCUUCUGGGGUGGAUAAUGCUGUUGGGACUUGGGGUGGGGCUCUCCGGUACCAGUCAGGCAAAAUCACACCAUUAAAGAGGGUGCCGACUCUGCGAAUCCUGCUGACCAACACCAAAGUGCCUCGAAGCACCAAGGUCCUGGUGGCUGGUGUUAAGGACAAGCUUCUCAAGUUUCCUGCUAUAAUGAACCCCGUGCUCGACUCGAUAGAUGCCAUUUCUCACGAGUGCGAAUGUGUUCUGGAAACAAUGGCUGUGAAUCCAUCACUGGAGCAUUACCCAGUCCUGGAGGAGCUGUUCGAUAUCAACCAGCAUCACUUGAACGUGAUUGGCGUCGGCCAUUCCUCAUUAGACCGGCUGUGCCAGGUGACAGCCUCGCACGGGCUGCACAGCAAGCUGACCGGUGCUGGUGGAGGCGGCUGCGGCAUCACUCUGCUGAGACCAGACACCCCCUCGCCAGUGGUGGAAGCAGCAAAGCGAGACCUCAUCACCUGUGGAUUUGAAUGCUGGGAGACCAGUAUUGGGGCACCCGGGGUAUGUCUUCGCUCGCCUCCCUCUAUGAAGGCAGAAAUACUACAGGCCUUAAGAUAACAUGGGCUAUGACUCUUCCUGGGUUCUUGGUACCACAGAUUCAGGCCUGGUGGCUGUUACCUCUUUGCCUGUCCCUGGGAUCAAACACUAGUUGCUGCUCUCUUGCCCCCUUUCCCAUCCCUGUGGGACUGCUUAAGCUGAUGCAACUUAGGGGCAGCUUUGAUGAAGACAGCAGUGACUGCUCCUGCCUACCCCAAGUUCAAAUUUAACUCCUUGCGUGUCAAGCUCCUCUCUUGAGCAUCCUGACUAGAUAGUAGCUUUACCAAAGGGCAUAAGAGGAAGCAUGUUAGCCCUGGCAUCCUGGCCAAAUUCCAACACAAAUGCAUUUUGUGGCCUUCUGCAGCUUUGCAUAGAUGCUUAGAUCUUCUACGCCUCUCCUUUUCCCUCCAUAGGGAUGACAGGGAAGCUGGAGUAGUUAAUGUAUGCCGAGUGCACUCAGAUUUCUGGACAAAAAGCACCAAAGAAGCACAGAUUGUGAGAGCUACGCAGUUUCUGCUAAGGCUAUGAGAGGCGUUCCUGAGAGCAAGCCAUUUUAAAAUGGCUCUUACUUGUCACUACUUAGGCGACGGAUUUCUAAAGCUAGAGAAAAAGUGAAAGUGCUGAUAAAGAUGCACCGUUUUUAGAGGGCUUUCCCAUGAUCCUUUUUUCUAGGCUAGGAGUCAUCAGCCUAUCGCUGUGGGCUGAAUCUGGCCCAUGAAGCUGGGGACAGUAGUGGCAAUCAGCAGUGGCAGCCUGUCUUCAGAUUGAGCUGUGUUAAUUUGGCCUGCUUUUUCUAAAAGGUUGCCAACCCCUGGCCUAGGCUGUUCCACAGACCCAUAAGCAAAGUUUCUGAGCAUAUUAUGACCUGCCUUUUGCACAUCAGGACCACAACGUCUGCAUGGGACGAGCUUUAAAGCCGAGAGUUUCCCAUUAUUUGUAGUCAAAUUGAGUGCAUGGAAGUUCCUCCUACUUAAAGCCCAGUCUGAAUUUUGGUCAUCCUGCCUGCUGCUGGAAUAUGAAGCCAAUCACGGUGGAUAAAAAGAAGUGACUUGGGUCAAUGUUCUUAGUUUAACUUGGCUUUUAUUUCUCUUCAAUUUUUUUUCUCUUAAUGGACCAAUUUGCCAGCUUGCAAGGGUCUCAACUUCCUCCAUUUAAAAUAAUGUAAAUGAAAUCUUAUUUAAGCAAUACAGUUUUGAAGAAGGUCAAACUGUGGAACUAGUGGGACUGACCAAGCACCUGGAACCAGAGCUUACUGAAGUGAUAACCAGCUUGUGACAGCUCCUGCCUCAUCUGCACCUGCUGAUGUGAAGAAACGAUUUUCAUUUCAGUUUAUUUUAUUUGGUUCAGUUCAGUGACUGACUUUUAUUCAAAGUAGAGACACUGGCAGGAGGAAGAAGUUGGAAAGCUCAUCCCCACCCCACCCCUCUUCCCUUCCAAAUUGUGACCUAAAAGUCAGGUGCAAGAGGCUGAGAUCUACUAGUUUCAAAAUCUUUGGGAAACCAGAAUAAUUAGUCCAGCUUACUAACUAUAGAUCACAUUUCCUCCAUUUUAAUAUAUGGGUUUACAUGCAAAUCACCUUUUUUAUUAAACUAUCCAUGUAUCUGGUCUUAGUUUAAUAAAGGCAAUUUUAAAAUGGUG